AUGAAACUAAAGCUAGCCUUGAGCAACUGCAACAAGAUUAAGAACUCAGUAGCGUCGAUUCUACACAUCAGAAAGCAGUGUGUUUUGCGAUUCACUAGCAGGCACUUUAUCGUCAUCUCGUCAGUGGUAAAUGAGCCUCAGAUAUGGUUGAAGUUUUCCUGUUUGUUGUUUGACGAGUACGAGAUAGAGUCUGCUAAUAACAACCAGAUCUCGAUGGAGUGCAAUUUGGAGCAGUUGUGCCAGGUGCUUAGGAACUUCGAUAAGGUCAAUUCGUCAGACUUGACAAUCAGAUUGCAGAGAGUCAAUCCUUCAUCAUCUUCGUCUGCCAAUUCAACGUUGAAUGGGGACAAUAAAGCGAAUAAUGGUUUGGCAGCAAAUAUUAACAAUAAGAAGUUCAAAAACCAUGCUAUUUUGGCUGUUUUCUAUAGCGAAUCUCAGCAAAAUAUCAUUAUCCACCAUACUUUCAAGAUUCCAGUACGAUUGUUGAAAAAGAAAUCUGAUUUGAAAAUUGUGGAGCCUGAAAUUAAUAAAAUCAAUCUAUUAUUAAAGUUGCCAGGCGAUUUCAUCAACAUAUUCAAACGAAUUGAAAGAUUUAAAAGCAGUAAAUACAAAUUUUUGAAGAUAAAUGCUGACGAAAAGGGAAAUCUCAAUUUGAUUUUGAAAUCAGACACUUUAAUUGUGAAGUUGGGAUGGAAUUCAAAUUUGUUGGUUCAGAAAAAUGGCGAAAAUUAUAAAGACUCUUCUAAUAUAUUCAAUCCCAAUGAAAACAAUGAUGUGAGUGUGGUUUUACGAUUAAAUGACUUCAAAUCUGCUUCUAAAAUUUGCCAGAUUUGCAAUAAUACAGCGAUAAUAAUGUCUGAACCAAAUGUUAUAAUAUUGCAUUUGUUUAUUGAUGAAUCCGAUGACGCUGAAUUUAUUUUCUAUAUAAAUGGUGUUAUUGAGUAG